GUUAUACAAAGUACUUUGUUACAUGCCUAGGCACUGCGUUAUUAAAACCGUCUAAAUGGCAGACAACCAGGAUGAUAUAUUCGUCAUAGAUAAAUGCGGUUCAUCAUUGGAUGACAAACAACUCGAUAUUACCUAUGAUUUUACGGAGUUAGAAGAGGAAUCUCUUACUACCAGCUCCCAGAACCAUAGGAGCCGAAAGCCUGUUUAUGGAAAGCGUUAUCACGAAGCGGACUUUGACAAUAAGUUUAGACCCGGAAGGAUAUCACGAGAACUACGAAAGGCACUAAAUCUGAGUAGUCAUGAUAUUCCAAUCCACAUUUAUCGUAUGAGAACAUUGGGGUAUCCUCCUGGCUGGCUGAAAAAAGCUGCUGUUGGUGGCUGUUUACUGAUGUUUGAUUCAGACAACUCGGACAGCUCAGCAUCUGAACGUAAAGUGUCGUACAACAGAAACGCUCUUAUUGGUUAUCCUGGAUUCAAUGUCGAGUUGGAUCGUUCUGUUAGGGAUGAUUAUUUAUAUUUAAAAUGUCCGCCGAUGCAAAAACAUCAUAUGCUGGAUAAUUUCUAUGCUUCCUUGUCUUGUGAAUCGUCUAAGAAAUUCAGUAUUACAAGUACAAAUGGUAACCACUCACCCUGUGGCAAAAAGAAAACAGUUGAUACUGUUAUAACACUUUCCGAUUCGGAGUCUGGUGAAACUAAUUCAAACAGCUCACAAACAGAAGAGACUCCAGAUGAAGUUGAAGAACUUCAUUCAAAUCCAGAUGUUUUGAUCGUUCAUGAGCCUGAACAAGGAACACCCACACCACUCUGUCCCCUCACUACUAGAAAUGAUUCUGCUAAUGAAAUUACUGACCAGUCUUCAUUUUUAUCACCACAACCACCUAAACGUCCUUCUUUGGAAGCUUUCAGUAUGGGUAUACAACCUUAUAGGCCAUUUGAAAAUCUUCCUGGUGUACAUGGUGGUUAUCAACGUGUACUCAACUCACUCAAGAAUUCACGUGAGUCUUUAGCAUCUCAUAAUAAUGUAUCAGAUUCAAAAAAUAUACAAGAUAAUGAUUAUCAGUCGUCAUCAGCUCGACUGAGUCGUCACAAUGGCAAUCACUCCUCUUUUAAAAGUAAUCGAUAUUAAAAAGAAUAUAUACCGUUCACUUUUGAGUUGCAUUUUAUAUUCUUCAGUGUUUAAAAAUUGAAAGAUGUAUAUAUGUGUAAAUCAUUCAACUCACAGCACUCACUCUAUAUAUACAUGUCCAUUGAUAUCUCUGACUUUGAUUUUAUUCAUUUUUCUGUAAAUUAAUAAAUUCGCCUAAUUGUUAAUAUCCAUUUGAAAGUGUUAUGCAUGUCCAUUGUUAUUAAACAUUUGAGUAUCAUCUUCCAGUCUUCUAUCUUAUAUAUUUGUCAUUAAAAUUUGAAUACGACUGGUAUGUUAUUAUUGAUGCAUAUACUUUUUACAGAGAAAAAAAUCGGAAACUCAUUCAUAAAAGAUUUGACCGGUGGAUACAUUUACACAUCUGUUUAAAAAAAUGAAAAACUUUUAUUCUCAACUACGUUGUGUUUGUUCACCAGAGAUCUCAAUACUUGUAUUUUUGCCACAGGAUAUCAAUUUGUUGUUCAGGUUAUGAAGAAGCCGAUAUAUUGAUAGACUACCCUCUUAAAUGGUAUAUGUGAUUGUGUUAAGUAAUGAAUUGUUACUCAACGUACUUUUCAAACAUUAAGUGCAAACUUUUCUCCAUAUGUUUCGGUUUGGCUAGUUUCAUCAGAUGCCGCACAAAUUUGUGGCUUAAAGUCGACUACACUAACCUGUUACUGGCUAAAAUGACUUUAAAAUGUGAACAAGCCCUUGAGAUUUCAGUUUUUCUACAAGUUCGGUGGUUAUUUGUCAUUAGACAAAUCUUAGCGUGCUUCCUAUUUAGAUUCGAGAAAUUUAUUUUGUAGAGUAUCUUGACAUGCGUAAGUUCAGCAUUACCAUAUUAAGUCGUCUUAAAUUCUUGAAUCUCACGUAAUUCAACGAAGAUGAGUAAACUAUGAAAAUUUGAGAAAGUAUUUAGUUAGCUUGUGGAUUGAGUGUGCACUGAUGACUUAAUGCAUGCUUGUUUUCAAUUGAUCUAGCGUAUAUCAGUCCAUAAUAAAAACUGCUUUUAAAAGUAUAUAACUAAGAAAUAAUAUGGUUUUUGACAUUUAAGGCAAAAUGAGUUAAUGAAUUGCUGUCAUGUGUCUGUUUUUCAUUUCUUUUAGAUUCUUCAAACCUUUUGUUACUUUUAACUAAAUCUUACCAAAUACAUUCUGUAGAUAUUACGAUAUUAUUCAAAUUAUAUGGUUUAAGGACACUCGAAUUUCAUAAAAUCUAUAUACACUGCACCCCUUGAAAAGAGAAUUAAUUAAAUGCUUUUGAGCAGCUUAUUUAUUCGUGUGGUUGAUAGUAAACUAUAUUUUACUGAGUUUAUUCGUUUUUAUUAACCUCAUCAUUGUGGAGAUAUCUCUUAUAAUGUUGCUAAUAUACUUGGGGUUGUGGUCGUCUUUUCUUCAGCCCAUGAUUCAAGCAGUUGGCUUAUAACCAACACGUCGUUAGUUCGCUCUCUGCUUUAAUUACUUAUGUUCAAGACAAUACAUGUGAUUUGUCUGAUACUGACGAAAGCCUACACACGGUUGAUGGACUGUGCUUUAUACGUUUCAACAUACUUUAACUCAUAGACAACUAGAUUUGUAACCGCUCACGAUUAUUUAAAUAUUCGUGUAUUAUUUGAUUUCAUAGUUCAUUGAAAUGUCUGCAUAGUAGCGCAGUAACCCACUAACGUAUCACAUUCUACGUAGAAAGUUUUAGAGUACUUCUGUAGUAUAGGGUGAAUUCUGAGUAACUUGUCAAUAUAUCUUUUAGUUUGCUCAAAUAUUUCAACGAAACAUUUUAAUGCCACAACUUCUGUGAAGGUAAAAAGUUGCUUUUUAAAAGUAGUGACAGUCGAUUUUGAGAUAGACACCAUACACUAAAAUGUUUUGUGCGUAAGUACUUAUGUUAUUUGAACGUUCUUUAGAAAAUCAUUAGGAAAUAUUUUAUCUUUUUUUGCUGUGCAACCUUAUUAUGUUAAUAUACACUUAGUAAUACCGUACGUCUGCUGUUUUUCAAAAACUUUAAUUAUUGUUUGCAUUUUAUGUUACCGAGAUUGCUUAUAUGACAGUAUAUGGUUAUUACAGUAAUUCAUACUGGCUAAAAUACUGUCAGUCAGUCAGUCAGCUACAACAGUUGAAGACCUUACAUGGUGUGCUCUAUACUCGGUCUCAGUGGUAUGGGCGGAUUUGUGCCUUAUCUCCCUCUAAGGCUUAAGCUUUAUUAUUAUCUCAUCCUCUUUGACUUGGAAAAUGUUUGAGCUGUAGCUGGGUUUUAAUAAUCAGUUAACUCUGUUUCAACCUGUAACCUCAACAAAAUACUUGCAUUCUUUUUCAAUAGUCACUUGGUUUAGCUGUUUUUAUUCAUUUAUAGGACUUUGUUACUUCGAAUAAAUCAACUUCAGUUUGUUUGUUCAUACAUAUUUACUGAGCUCACGUUACCGCCCUCAGCAUUGUUUCUAAUCAUUCUUCAAGAUAAUCCACAUAAGUUCUGACAUUCAGAUUGUAUAACCAUUAACUUUGCGGAUCAUUUUCUAAAUAUACAGAGCAACUUAUGCUGAGUUUUUCCAUAAAAGGGAUAUUCAUUGAGUGACUUUUUCCCUAAGAUGCUCACCAUACAUUGCAGUAUUGAAGAAAAUUUGUAUUUAUCCUUUAAUAAUAGGCUCUUAAAACAAUAAGGAGCUUAAAAACUUCCAUCAUAUAAAUAUGGUACGAGAUUGUAGUGGUAAUAUAAAGGCAGUUCAUGUGACUAUCUUGGGUUUUACUAUUCGCAUUAGUAGAUGCUUUUCGGCGGAUGUAUGGAGGAUUAGGCUUUUCAAAACUUCAUAAUUAAUGAUCAGGGGUUUAGGAAUCUGCAAAUUUAUUUAUGUAAUAUAGGGUCUCUGUAACACUUCCAUGCCAUUUCAGCGGCUUUUAUGCUUCGCGUUUACGAUUAAAAUAAAAUAGAAUUAGUUUCAAGAUGGACAAAUCAGUAAAUGAUCCCGGGUCGUUAUUCAUCGGGGUAAUUUGUAUUGUCGUUGGCUUUACGAGUUGCGUCAGUGGACUAUUAAAAAUCUGUAAAUGAAAAUUUCGGUAAUACAACUGUAAAGAGAAAGAAGUUAGGAUAUGUGUAUUUACUUUUCUCUGGUUUUCCCAUCUUUUACCAAUAAAUAAUCACACAUGGAAUCAUAGAGACAAGUUAAAUUUAUUGAACUCAUGAUUCAUAGUUGAUACCUUACGCGUACUUUCUAUGCUACACGUUAGAAAUCGGACAAAAACUACUUACUAAAAUAUCAGUUUCCCCGAUUUUUCGGUUUGAUUGUUGUCUGUUUCUAAAAUGAACUCAGGAUUUUAAUGGUUUUAAAACGUGUAGUCUCUAUGUCUGGAAAAUAGUUGGAGCAGUCUGUUUAUUCGGCUGGUUGAUUUUUAGCUGUGUAAUCAGUUUAGUCAGAUUAUUUCUCAUAUAUCGUAUCAUGGAACUCGAAUACUAAAUCAGACGUAAAUCUCUGUUAUCUGUAAGCUAAAUAUUUUGACCGUUGACAAAUGUCUUUGUGAUAGUAGGGUUUGAAAAUAGUUUGCAUCGCAGACUAAUAUUAUUUGGGAAACCAAUUGAACAAUGAAGGUAAUGUAGAUGCGUAUCGAUGAUGGAUAACGGUCACACCUUACCACGAACUGUAUGAAGUUAGGAAGUGUGAACUACAUAAUUCCUAACAGUAUCAGCCUAACUGCACAGCCUGAAGGUUUUUAUGCUCUUUUGCUGAGUCGCGUGUGUGCACUGAUAUAGUGUCCUAUAAACUAAGCUGAAAAAAGUCUUCAUUGUUCCCUAAUUUUAAAUGUUUAUUAGUAGUCUUCAUUUACACUUACCAAUUUAAUUGUGAAUAGUGUGUAGAGGAAUUUCUGUCGAAGCUAUCCACUCCGUGUAAUUUAUUCCAAUUAUCUCUAUGUUUCGAUAUAGUCAACAUAAAAAUAGGUAAAUUAAAAUGAGAUAUACACAGUUUUUCCCGUAUAUAUCGAGCAUCGUAAACGCAGUCUAGUAUUCACUAAAUAAAGGUUGAUUCCCUAAUGUAGUUCCUGUAUAAUUUUGUUUUCUAUUCUAAGAAGUAACUGCAUCAUGAUUUCUUCAAAAAGCAAGCAUUCCAAACGAAGAUCAAAUUGCAUCCAAUUAACUGAAAAAGAAAUUAACGAUUUCAUCGCACACAGUGAUGAUGAAGAGACUGAUGGUAGUGAAAGUGAUUGGGAUGAUAUGGGUGAGACUGAUUUGUCGACUGUACUUUCAAGUUCAACAACUAUUAUGAAGGGUAAUACUGUUAGCCAGUUAUCCAGUGAGAUAGCUUCAUCAUCUAGUCACAAAAUAACUUGUAGUGCUAUCAAAGAUAUUGGUGUCAACGAGUUGUUUGGCUCGGUACCUUCCAAUGUGUUAUUGAAUGAAAAAGAAAUCAAUACAAAUAUGCAUGAACUGUUCGGUGAGGCUAAUUUAAGUGACGAUAGUAAUAGUGAUAAUAGUGGUGAUUUUGAUAUCAAUCAAUUGCAGGGGAUCGAAGACGAUGAAAAUGAUCGUGAACUUUCAGAGAAUGGAGUCAAUAUUCAAAAAAGUUUAUCAAUUAAACAACAUUUAGAAAAAGACAAAUUAAUUGAACGUCAUGUUAAUAACACAAUUCAAUUAGAUGAAGAGGUAACAAAAAGGAAUUCUGCAUCAUCGUCUACUUUCAACGAAAGUAGUAAUAAUAAUAAUAAUUCAGUUAGUAUUGCUUUGGCAGCCUGUGCCUUACGACGUCAAAAAGCAAUCUCUGCACUGAACAAUUCUUCAUUUACUCCUAAUCCUGUCGUUUCAACUAAAUCCACUGCUAUAACACCUGUUUCAAAUAGUAACGAUCAGUCAGCUUCAGUUGAUAAAGAUUGUUGGAUUGCAAUCCCUACAAAACUUAGAGUUUAUCGGCCACGAAUUUCCUCUGAACUUUGGUCCAGCAGAAUUUCUGAUCGUGAGGUUCUCACUCUACCUCAAUAUAUUCAACGUCAUCGUAACCACCAAUCUGUCGGUAACGCUAAAAAGUCUUUUACCAGUGAAGCUGUUGUGGUUGGUGUCAUUGGAUCCAAAUUGCCUCCACGUCGCUCUCGUAAUGACCGCAUUUAUUCUGUCUGGUGUCUAAGUGACUUGGAAAAUAUUGGUCCUGGAUCUUCAUCAGGGUGUUUGAAACUGUUUUUAUUUGGUAACUGUCAUGAGAAAUUGUGGAAAGAGCCUGAAGGUAGUGUGGUUGCUAUUCUGAAUCCUCGCUCACUCACCUCUGGGGAAUCAUUUACAGAUGAUAAAGAUGUUAGUAUUACAUUGGAAUCACCAUUACAUGCUAUGAUUUUAGGUGAAUCACCUGAUUAUGGAAUUUGUAAUGCAACAACAAAAUCUGGUCAAUCAUGUUUUCAUGUUAUCAACAAAAGCAUUUGUCGCUUCUGUGAUUUUCAUGUGAAAAAAGCUUAUAUAGAGGCAAGUACAUCUCGUCCAGGAUUUGUAAGUGCAAGUUUACCAGGAUUCAGUGGACAACAACGAAAAUCACGAUACACUGGUGAUCGUCUCCCAGACACACCUGAACCAGGUGUAUUUACUCUUCCCAUAAAUACAAAUUAUUUGGUUGAUAACUGCUACAAAUCUGUUGUAUCUUUAGCCAAAGUUAAACUUAGUCUGACCAAAUUAAAAGCGGCUGGUUAUCAAGUAGAUACAUCUAUUGGAUUAGGUAAAAAUCCAGAAAUAACUAAAACAUCGCAAGGAUCAUCAUCAUCCCAAUCCUCUUCAUCAGCGGAUAAUAAUCAAAACUCAAAUUUAUCUAACAAGGAUAUCCCAUUAAUUACAGGAAAGGAUUCUCCAAUUACUCUUAAUCAAAGUAGUAAGAAGGUAACUAAAGAAAACUCAGAAAAAAACAUUCCAAAUCACAAUGAUCAAGUAACAACUGAACUUAAUGAAGCAGAAAACAAACUUGUAUCUGUACUACGUCGACCAUCUGCUGGUUCUUUAAAUUUAUUGAGGCAUUUAGAACAAGAAAGUGAAAAUGGCACUGUCUCCGCUAUAUCCAAAACUGCUACUAAACGAUCCGUGAAUAAGUCGAAUUCUGAAAAAUCUAUAAACAAUUCUCAAGAAUCAAGCUCACGUCUAAAUUCACCAUCUCCUGUAACAUUUGCUGAAUUUUUCUCCAAUAUUAAUGAGAAACACAAACAUUCUGUAUCGACACUGCCUACCAAUAUCAAACCUGGUCUGAGUAAUACAUCAGAACAAUUUAUAGAUUUGGGUCCUGUACCAUUGACGACUAGUUCUCAGACAAGAUUGUCACGAUCCGUGUCAUCAUCAUCAUCAUUCAUAAAAGAUGCAGCACGUUUGCGUGCUACAGCUUUAGUAAAUGCUCAAGGAGGUGUGAAUAAAAUGAUUGAAAAGGAAACUUUGAAACGGAAAGCAAAUUUUUCGAAGGUAUCAUCUUGUUCAAAAGUGUCGGUUUUAUCUGAAAUUCUGGAUAAUAAUCCUUCAAAACGUGCAAAACUCACUUCUUCAUUAUCUUUAUUAGAUGUAUCAACUAAUCAGCAUUCAAAAAGUAUUUCAAAUGAUGAAACAACUCGAAAAUUAUUGAAAGAAAAUCGUGCAAAAAAGUUAAAUGAAUUAGCUAAACAAAUUAAUAAAGGUUCAGCGCAUAAAAAUCUAGUUGAUGUACUUGAAAAUCAAACUGAACAAAUUUGUCUGAAUAAUUUAGAAAAACGUGAUGAAUUUGAACAGAAACUUGUAAAUCAAAAUAAAGAAGCAUGUACAUAUGUAAUAUGUGAAACGUGUAAUUAUCGUGCUCUUAAAACAGCUCCUAACUGUCGUACCAGUAAUCACCAAAUUAAAUAUUUGAAGGGUUUUAAACAUUAUUUUCGUUGUCGUCAGUGUUCAAAACGAACUGUAUCAUUAGAUCGUUAUCCUUCAAAACCAUGCCAACAUUGUGGUGAAUCUUUGUUUGAAAAAACUGGAAUAAUGAAGGAACGUAAAGGUGUAUUAUUACCCCAUGAACAACUUUUACCUCGAGGUAUUGAAGAGAAAUUUCUUAGCUAAUUUCUUUUUUCAUAUUAACAUUACUACUGUAGACAAUAGUCGUGUAACAUUUUCCAUAGAUAUUGCAUUUAUUUAAACUUUUUAUGUUACUAUUCAAGAAUAAUGUGUAACUAGAUGUGAUUUCAAAUUUGUUUUUAUUAUAUGUGAGGCAUUCCAUGUUUUUGUAAAUCCUUCUAUUGAUAUUUUAUUCCAUCGGUUCUCUAAUGUGAUCUCAGAUUUUGUAGAGCAUAAUGUCUAUUUAUUUUGUUUUAACAGUAUGGUAUAAAAUAUAUAAAGAUUUGAAAUAAUUUGUAGUCAUUAAUAUUUUUGCUUAAAACUUAUGAACAAUGCAGAUCUAUGUAAGUAGUCAUAUAACUGGUAACGUUAUUUAUAAUCGAACGAAAGAAAAUCACUCAAUUAAUAAGAAGAUUAAAGAAAGCUUAAGGAAUAUUGUUUUCUUUUCGGCUGAAUUGUAUUGAUUAAUUCAGUUCUAGAUCCUGUACUGAAUAGUUAAAUGUUUAAGAAGAAACCCAGUUUAACGAAUAAAAUGUAUUUCGGAGUAAUUUUGAUUUAUUAAAUCGAUAUAAUUGUGAGGUAGUAACUCACUGAUGACAAUGGUGGAUGUGUCGCUCAAUUUCGUGGAUUAGUUGAAGUUAGACAUUAACACCGUUGGAUGCCGGCUCAGUGGCCUAGUUGGUUAAGCUCCUGGCGCGAGGCGGAGUCGUGGAUGCGCACUGCUGUGGAGUCCCACAAUAGGACCAAACGGCCGUCCAGUGCUUCCAGGUUUUCCAUGGUGUUCUAGCUUCAAUUGACUCAUGAUCUCAACUGUUUAAAUUACUACAAUCUCCACAAAACCCCUUCCGAUAUAACUGUAUUUGUAUUUACUUAGUAAAUAUCAGGUUAUAGCAAAAUAGAAAGAUGUAGGGCUAUUAGCAAAAACAUUUAAGUACAAUAUAAAUUAUUUAACUGUCUUCAAUAAAAAUCAGUGAGAAGACGAAGACAUAUUAUAGAUAAGUAGUUCAUUGUUUUUCAUUCACUUAGUAGGCAACUAUUUGUAUAUCUAAUGUCUAAGCUCUCUUGACUUAACUGUUCUCCAUCACUGAAUGAACUGUUACUGAGAUUUCGGGAUCCUGUAAAUAACACAACACCUACCUAAUUAUAGUUGAGUGUAUGCCAAACUUCUAGGUUUAAGGUUCUUGGGGUUCUGAACUCCUAGAAUCACGGAAUAUUUUGUAUGUUUUUUUAUAUAUAAAUCAUGACGGACCAGUCAACUACCCAUAAAUUAAAAAUAUGACCGUUUGGUUACAAUGGUCGUAGUACACAAUCUGAAACGUUUCAGAACAAACUAUACAGUCUGGUUUAUACCUAAUAGAAUUGUUACGGUCAAGUGGUAAAAAAAUUAGAGUUUCCAAGAAAGCAGGAAUUGGUACUCUGUACUCCGUAGGAUUGGUACUGUUGAAC